GGCACCUCGCACAAGUAGCGCCGCCAAAGUUUCCCCACGAGGGGGCUGAGGGACAAAAGCCCCUCCCGAAACUCGCCCGAACUUCGAGGGCCUCCGACCCGCACGUCCCUCCGCCCAGGCGGCCGCCCCGAGCGCCGGGGGCCCGCACGGGCACAUGCAGCCCUUUGUUUUCUGUCCAGCCGGGCGCUGCCUACGUGCAGCAUCAGAGAUGUCGGAGCGUUUCGCAGGGGCCGGACACUGGACGAUCACCCCGGGUAGGGGUCCGGACCCCGCGCCCCGAAGAGUCCGGAGCCUGGUCCCCCGGCCCUCCCCUCGGGAGCGGGCCCAUUUAAUCAAAGUUUUGCAGUGUCCUUGAUGAGAAACGCCCGGAGUACCCGCCCCGCACGGGCGGAGAGUUGGCGACUUUCACUCUGCUUUUUAAACUGGCAAGACGCCAUCAUCAGCAAACCACAUUGUCCUGCCGGCCGGACCUGCCUGACGGCGGCCGCAUCCCACGGCUCACGCGGGGCUGGACAUUCGGACAAGGACCAGGGUCGCAGCCCGAAGCACGUGGUCUGUCACGUAGAGCACAAAAAGCAGUGCCCCGCGGAGUUCACUGACUCCUGCGGCGUAGACAACGCCGCCGCCUCCGUCCCCAGCCAAGUUGGCUUCCCUGGCCAUCUUACAGCGCGGACGGCCGCCCACAAACGGGAAGCCCUCGCCGUGGCGCCCACACCUACGCUACAGGUGAACGCACGGGGAGCAAAACUUCGGGCUCCGAAGGCACCCCGGACACCAGACACUCUUGGGCGCGGUCCCAAGAGGGCAGGAGAGUGGAAGACGGGCUGUUUUUAAGCGACCGCGUGUUGCUCUCAUUGUCGCAUCCGCAUCCCUCCGGAGUUGAGCAAACAACGCCACGCCGCGUGCGCUCCGGCAGAGCCCAGCACUGACCCCCAAAGGCCGAUUUAAAGACCCUCGGCCGCCAGCUUGGAAGCGGACGGCAACUUAGUUUCCGAGCGAAUGGCGUUUAUUGUCCACCCUAACCCGGGGGCUGCAGUCAACUAAACCACGAGGUUUCACAACGGCGCCCGACCCUGCCCGCGCCUCGCGCCCACGCGGACGCACCGACCCCGGCCGCUGCGCGGUGGCCAGCCAGUCGCUUUCCUCUCGGGCCUUUCGGCCGCCGGGCUCCUUUCCGCGAGAGAAUACUGCGGCGGAGAAAAGUCAUUGUCACCUUCAACGUGGAUCCCUCAACUCCGGCGACUCCUCAAUUAUGCCUAGGCUCCACUCACUUCCCCCGCCCCGAGACUUUCGGUUUGCCUCAAAUACCCUCCCCAAUUAAUAAAUACACACUAAACAAGCGCGUACCAAAGAACCUGGGGUCUGAAGAUCACGAAAACAGCGCUCCCAACAAUGCCACCUCCAAGACAAAACUUCCUGUGUGUAUGUGGAAGGACGGGGGGAGGUGGGUGGAGGUGAAAAGAGAGAGAAAAAAAACACUCUGAAAUCAAAGCCUCAUGAGACAGUUUUGCACUAGAGGCAUGGUGAGAGUC